CGCCGCUGUUUGUGCGAGGCGGGCGGCCGCACGCUCCUCCCCGGUCCCUCCUCUCCCGGCGCCGGGGGAGGAGAGGAUCAGGCGAUAAGGCCGCGCGGUGAGGGCGGAGGGCGCGGUGACCACGGUGAUCGUGGAUGGCUAGAGGCCCGCAGUGCUGGCGGCGAGAGGCAGUCGAGUUUGGUGUGCUGGAGUCGCGUCCGUCUGCCCAGGGACCCAGGUUUCCGCGAGUAGCUCAGUGCAGCGCCAGAGCUCUUACCGGGACGCGCGCGGGCAUACACAGACACAUACAGAGGUUAAGCUGAAACCACUGCUCAGCAACCAAGAUGGCACCACCCAAAUUGCAUGUGCUUUUCUGCCUCUGCAGCUGCCUCGUACUGGUUCAUCCUUUUGACUGGCAACACCUAAAUCCCACUGGGUUUAUUAAAUCAUCAGGAUGGACUGAUCAAAUACGAAUGCUGAUGGCCUCUGUAAGCUUUGAACAUAGUAAAAUCCCCAGAGGAAGUGGAUCUUACUCUGUUGGUUGCACAGACUUGAUGUUUGAUUAUACCAAUAAGAGUACCUUCUUGCGUUUGUAUUAUCCAUCCCAAGAUUAUGAUCACUUUGAGACCCUUUGGAUCCCAAACAAAGAAUAUUUUUUGGGUCUUAGUAAAUUUAUUGGAACACACGAGCCUAUGAGCAAAAUUUUGAAGUUUUUAUAUGGUUCAAUGAUAGUUCCUGCAAAUUGGAAUUCUCCUCUGAGGACUGGUGAAAAAUAUCCACUUAUUAUCUUUUCUCAUGGUCUUGGAGCAUUUAGGACAGUUUAUUCUGCUAUUGGUGUUGACCUGGCAUCUCAUGGGUUUAUAGUAGCUGCUGUAGAACACAGAGACGGAUCCGCUUCUGCAACUUACUAUUUUGAGGACCAGUCUGCUGCAGAAACAAGGAACAGGUCCUGGCUCUACUUUAAAACCCUAGAACAAAAUGAGGAGGCGGAUAUACGAAAACAGCAGGUGCAGCACAGAGCAAAGGAAUGUUCCCAGGCUCUCAAUGUGAUUCUCGACAUUGCUCAUGGAAGGCCAGUGAAGGAUGUAUUAAAUUUAGGGUUUGAUGUACAACAACUGAAGGGCUCCAUCGAUAGGAAUAAAAUAGCAGUAAUUGGACAUUCUUUUGGUGGAGCAACAGUUUUUCAGGCUCUUAGUGAAGACCAGAGAUUCAGGUGUGGUAUUGCCCUUGAUCCGUGGAUGUAUCCAGUGAGUGAUGAUGUGUAUUCCAAAAUCCCUCAGCCCCUCUUCUUUAUCAACUCAGAACGAUUCCAGUCUCCUAAUGACAUCAUAAAAAUGACAAAAUUCUAUCUACCUGAUAAAGAAAGAAAAAUGAUUACAAUCAAGGGUUCAGUCCAUCAUAAUUUUGCUGACUUCACUUUUGCAGCUGGUAAAAUAAUUGGACACAUAUUCAAAUUUAAAGGACAUAUAGAUUCAGGGGUUGCUAUUGACCUCAUCGACAAAGCGUCAUUAGCUUUCUUACAAAAGUAUUUAGGACUUCAUAAAGAUUUCGAUCAGUGGGACCCUCUGAUGGAAGGAGAUGAUGAGAAUCUAAUUCCAGGACCAAAAAUUCAUACACCCACCCAACUUGACACUCCACAGAACUCUAUGGGAAUAGAGAAAAUGAAUGUGAAUUAAAACUUUAUUGAAAGUUUCAUUUAAAAACUGAAAGAGAGAGAGAGAGAGAGAGAGAGAAGAGAAAGAGAGAGGGCAAGAGGGAUAGAGAGAGAGAGAGAGAGAGAGAGAGAGAGAGAGGAAGAGAAAGAGAGAGGGCGAGAGGAAGAAAGAGAGAGAGAGAGAGAGAGCUCAAUUGUAUUUUCUCAAAUAACUUAUACCUUAAAAUUUAGGCUGUACUGUAGUAGUGAUUGAGGUUUGGACUAAGAAUUUUUUUCUCUUUAAGGAAAGAUUGCAAUAUACAAAAAUCAUACCAGUUCAAAUUAUAUUUUUACUUGGUUGAUCUUUUUCUGUCUCAAAAUUAAAAUUGGCUUUUAUGUUACUUUAAUUAAUGGAAGUAUAUUAAAACAGGCACAAUGCUAAUGAAAACCUGUUGUGAUAAGAUUCCCUAAACAUACAGUAAAAAUAGAUGUUCUUGUCCUUUAUUCUCUAUUAGCAGUAGUAGAAUCGAGUUUUAGCAAAAUGAUAUUCUAGGUAGAACUGGGCAGUGUUUCUCUUUAACUUUUGGUCAUGAUGAGAAAAAUUAGAUCUGGUUGAUAAUAAAGUCAUUGUUUUAAUGCAGGA